CCAGUAGUAUUUCGGCGUUGGUUAGGGGUGGACGCCUACCGACCGUCCGCAUACAUCACACAACCUACAACCAAAACACAACUUCCCUUGGCUGACUUUCCCACCCUCCCUCCCUCACACCGCGUCUCAGUAGCAACCCGGAGAGCAAGACAGAGCAAAAACACACGGAGACGCAAGAUAUCACCACCUGCUCGCUCAAUACUGCACUGAAACAAAGGAAAAAAGGACAGGAAAGCCUUACAUACCAUCACCGAAAGCUACGGGAAAGGGAGAGUGAAGAGGAAGAGGUUUGGCCGCACGUCCGGUGUUUUGUAAGACAUGGAGAAGAGUAUCAAGUGAGGAAGGGCCGUCUAGCUUGGUCAAGCAAAGGUCAUGUGUCGAGGGUGGAGGGACCAAGUGGAGGAGGGUGUACCCGAAACGGAGGUCAUUCUUCCAUCUCCACAGCCAAGUGGACCAUGUGGCUGCAGGGUGGGCAUCCGCCACGUGGUGGUCGUGCUGGGUCUGCUGGGCUGCAUGCUGGACUACCUCAUGCGGUUUGGCCUGAGCGUUGCCAUCGUGGCCAUGGUUAACACCACCGUCAUCCAGCCUGUAGGCAACCACAGCGUCACCCCCGACCACGCCUGCCCCGCCGCCCUCAACGGGACUUCGGAUGACCCCAUGCAGGGGGAAGGAGAAUUCUUGUGGACGGUGAAGGAGCAGGGCAUGAUCCUCGGCACCUUCUUCUGGGGCUACUUUUUCACCAAAACCAUAGGUGGCCGCAUCAGUGAGCUGGUGGGGGCCCGGGAGACCAUGGCUGUGAGCAUCGGGGUCUCGGGGCUGCUUUGUCUGCUCAGCCCCACCUUCGCCUACAUCAACCCACUGGCGCUGGCCACGUUACGGUUUGUCAUGGGCAUGGUGCAGGGCCCCUCCUUCCCCGCCCUCUACUGCGUCUUGUUGAGGUGGGCGCCGCCGGACAAGCUGGCCACUAUGACCACCAUCGCCUUCUCAGGGAUGUCGCUGGGAAGCGUAGUAGCCAUGGGCAGCUCUCAGUGGGUGGUGGAACACUUGGGGUGGCAGUGGGUGUUCUGGGGGGCAGGCGCUGUGGCCAUCCUCUGGACACCUUUUUGGCUGUACUUCGUCCGUAACUCCCCGUGCAGCCACCCGCUCAUGUCCAGCCAGGAGGCAGAGCUGCUGGCGCCCAACCUAGUCAUCAAGCCCAAGCGCCGUGUGCCCUGGGGCCGGCUGCUGCGAUGCUGGAGGUUCUACCCGUCCAUCGUUGGGGAGCUCGCCUCCUCGUGGGUCGCCAACCUAACCACCACGCAAGGGCCCACCUUCCUCAAGACCCAGAUUGGCAUGAACAUGGAGGAGGUGAGUUUCGUGCUGACGGUGGGCCAGGCGUGUAGCUGGGUCAGUGCCUUCUCCAUCGGCCGCCUGUCUGAUUGGUUCAUCCAAAGUUGCCACCUCAAGAAGGCCAACACACGCCGCCUCAUCCACUCCAUAGGCAUGGUGGGUGUGGUGGUGGGCCUGGUGAGUGUGGUGCUGGCCGGCUGCAACAAGUGGCUCGUGGCGGCCAUGCUGAUGGUGGCCAUGAUCGGGAGUCCCGCCACCCUCUCCUCCUUUACACUCACCCCCAUGGACAUUGCUCCUAACUAUGCCGGUACGCUAUCAGGAAUGCUGGGUAUCGGGAACAUCAGUGGCUUCCUGGCGCCUCUGAUUACGGCCGAGAUGGUCAUACAGACUGGUGGGUGGGAUGCCUCCAUCCUGCUGGGUGCUGUCAUCUACAUGCUGGCUGGGCUGCUCUACCUUGCCACAGUCACCACAGAGGUCCAGGAGUGGAAUGACUAUGAUGAAAUUUUAGAUUCUGAUGAUUCUGAGUGAGAAGACAUGAAGCAAAGGAAGUGAGGAAUCACUGCAUUUUUUGGUGUGGGGAUUAGGAGACAUGCAGGAGUGGACUUCCUAAAUUCUCAUGAUAUGGAAUGAAAGGGUAUGCAUUAAGUGGCCCAUGAAGAUCUAAGGCCUAAUGAUCAAAGCUGCAGAGUGGAAUGACUAUAAAGAACUGCCUGGAAUGCCUGUGAAGUUCUCAAACUUCUGUGAUAUAGAAUAUGAGGUUAUGCAUCAAGUGGAAUGCCUAUGAAGAUCUUCCGAGGUCUGAUGAACAAGACUGUCAAGUAGAAUGAUGACACUGAACUGAGUCUCUGAGCUUUAGUGGUGUAAAGUGACAAGAAUCAAAGUGUGUGUUCAGGUUAAUUUGAGAGACCAAAGAUAUCCCAGGAAGUGUGAGUAGAGGCUGAAGUUAAUAUAUGUGAUCUCAGUGUUGAGCACUGAGGAACAUUUAAUUAAGGAGUGUUUGCCAAUUUGCUCAUGCCAUUCCAAUUAGUAUCAAACCAGGAAUAAAAUUACUAUAAAAUUCAGUGCAGUUUUCAAAAUAUAGACAAACUUUUGUCUUGACAAUACAUGUAGUUCAUUUCAUAACUCAGUGUAAUAUUCCAGAGUAGUUUAUUCCUGAUAUGAUGAGUCAUGAGAAUGGUGCUCAUGCUGUGCUUCGAGUGGCUUCAGUCUCCGCACAACACCGUCAAUAUUCAACAUCUCAUCUCAUGAAUCUUUGCAGCAGGCGUGAAGUUUUAUAUUUAUUGCCUUCCCCGAGGCGUGUGUGUUCUUUUCACCUUCACGACACGGCUGUCUUUCUUCAAAGUGUUACUUCAUCCAGACCGACGAGAGUAUUAUUUUUAUCUGAGUGUUAUAUUAUCGAAAUACUAUUCAAACAGUAUUAUUUCUUUUAUUUUACAGUUAUGUGUAUAUUUUUAAUAAAUAUAUAAUUUGAAA